UGCGGAGAAAUUUCUCGGGGUCGCGGGCGGGCGCCCCGUCGGUGCGGGGGAGCACGUGAUAGCGAUACGCUCUGCUCCUUCCUCUAGGACUGGGACUGGGACUGGGAGGGAAGGAAGGAGGACAAGAUUAUCUUUGCAUCUCAUCCCUCCCUGGUCUCAGUUUAUGAGGGGAGGCCGAGUUUUAUAAUCUAUACGCUGCAUCAGGGACUCAAUUAUAGAGGUCUUGACGUUAAGCUAAAAGGGGCGCCCUGGUCUAGUACGCUUCUGAUUAAGGCUAGCUCAUACCUUUUCUUUCUUCUUCGUCUUCCUCCUCCUCUCUCCUUCCUGCGCCUCUCCCCUCCUCUCUCCUCUCUCUCUCUCUGUUUCUUGCUUUGCUCUCGGACUGGGCAACAAUGUCUCCCGUGCCGAGCCCCAAUCAAUCACACCUUCUAGGCCACGGAUCAAGGAAAGAGAAGCGCAUGAGGAAGGUGGAUACCUUUGCGCCGCACAACGACGGCCACCAAUGGAGGAAGUACGGCGAGAAGAAGAUCAACAACUGCAACUUUCCCAGGUACUACUACAGAUGCACCUACAAAGACAACAUGAACUGCCCGGCCACCAAGCAGAUUCAGCAGAAAGAUCACAGCGACCCCCCAUUGUACCAAGUCACAUACUACAAUGAGCACUCGUGCAACAGCGCCUUCCUUGCCCUCACCCCCACAGAGUUCCAGCUGCAGACCGCAUCUGGAAAGGCGGUCUCCAUCUGCUUCGAUUCAUCUGGUGCUCAGGAGCCGGGAGCCAAUGCCAGCUCGCCUUCUUCGAGUGCGGCGCCACGCAGCGCGCCUUCAGAGAACAAAAACAAGCCCCUUGCCCUUCGUUCAGAGGCGCUUUCUUCCUGGGGCCCCGGCGUCGUAGAGCAAAAGACGGCCUGUGCCGAUAUCCAGUCCUGCAGCACCGAGUGCCAAGAUGCAUACAUUUCUGAAGACAUAGAUGCAGGGAGAUUCGGUUCUAUCAGAUUCUUCCAUUUUUUGUAAAUGGAUCAAUGGAAGACAAUUGAUCUUACCUCAAAGAACUAAUAUGAUACACAUGUUUUUUUUCCCAUCUACAUAUGUUAGAGCACCAGAUACUUGCAUGUGGGAUGUGGUCAAGAUUUUCUUAGUUCAAUUGAAAUGAAAUACCACUGCUAAUUCUAAAGGCAGAGUUCAUUUCUGCAAA